UGUUGGUCUCUACCGCCAUUCGAGGCGCUAUCAUCGGGUUUUCGACUACAUCCCACCGUCCGCAACCGAGCUAAAUGAAGUCGACAAAGCUAGCAGCGACCUGACGUUCAGAACGUGCCCGGCGAUGUUCUCGACGUUGGAAGACGGCACGGUGGUACGGGGACUCGCCGGGGUGCCCGAGGACGGGCCAGUGCUGCUGGUAGGCAACCACAUGUUGCUGGGGAUCAAGCUCAUCUCUCUUGCCGCGGAGUUCAUGCGGCACAAGAAGGCUGUCGUCCGUGGCAUUGCACACCCGCUGCUGUUCCCAAAGAAGACGAAGACGUGGUCGGAGGGACACGACUUCUUCGACUUCCUCAACCUGUGGGGCGGCGUGCCCAUGACCUACAAGUACAUAUACGAGUUGCUGGCAGCUGGGGAGUUGGUGCUCCUCUACCCAGGUGGUUACAGGGAGGCAAUCCACUGCAAGGGUGAAGAGCACAGGAUUUUCUGGCCAGACCAGACUGAAUUUGUUAGGAUGGCAGCUCAGUUGAAUGCCACAAUCGUGCCGUUUGGAGUCAUCGGAGAGGAUGACCUCUUGAACGUAGGCCAUCACCUGUUAUUUCCGGAUUAAGUCCUGCCUUGCUUAAUUUGCGAGUAAACACAUUCUGCGGUCUUUUUAGGGGCUAUUUCACACUAGAAUCGAAUAGAUGAAACAUCCAUACUUCCAUAGCCAAGAUUUAACAGCCCUCAAACUGCCAGAGAUCCAAAAUUGUAAACACAUGCAUUGCAUAGCAACUAAUCAGCAUUUCCCUUA